UAAACAAAUCAAAUAAUCAAAAUACGUACACGUGUAUAUAAAUAAUAUUUCACUUAAUACGAUUCGUAAUGAGUCAUAAGAAGAUGGAUAGAAAUUUAAGCGUGUUGAUUGUAAUUAUCCUCAUAUUUUGGGGUGAUUUUGUCAUAGCUAAGAAAUCUGAUAAAAAAGAAAAACCAUCAUGGGCAAAAAAAGACAUCAGAGAUUACAAUGAUGCAGAUUUAGAAAGGCUGUUUGAUCAAUGGGAGGAAGAUGAAGAACCUUUGGAAGAAGAUGAGUUGCCAGAGCAUUUGCGACCAUCACCAAAAAUUGACCUAAGCAACCUGGAUACCUCAAAUCCUGAAAAUCUGUUAAAAAUCUCCAAAAAGGGUCGGACUCUAAUGACAUUUGUUUCUGUUUCAGGUAACCCAAGUCAAGAAGAACUGGAAGAAAUAACAAAAUUAUGGCAAACUAGCUUGAUGAAUAAUCAUAUAAAUGCAGAACGGUUUCUUAUAGAUGAUCAUAGAGCCAUAUUUAUGUUUAAGGAUGGCUCACAGGCAUGGGAUGCUAAGGACUAUCUAGUAAAUCAAGAGAGAUUAGAUGAGAUUACAAUUGAAAAUAAACCAUAUUAUGGCAAAUACAGUCGAAAGGCAAAAGAAGAAACCAAUAACAAAUCGUCUGAUGCUUCAAAAUCAUCAAAAGAAGCCAACUCACGAGAAAAGAGCACCUCUAUCAAUGUAGAAACUAAAAAACCAAAUAGUGAUGAACUUUGAAUUUUUGUGUGUAUAUAUUCACAUGCACACUAAAUAUGUAAAGAAGAAGAACAAAUUUCACUUGCAUACAUAAACUAGUGUGUACAGACUAUCAAGUGUGGUAACGUGUACCUUCAUUUUUCACCGUAUUUAAAAAUGUACAUUUUGAAUGGAAAAUAUAAAUUCAAUAGCAAA